GGAAAAAAAAAGGGAGCGAGGCACGUCACCCUCCCUUUUCCGAGGCGGAGCGAUCUCUCUCUGCCUUCUCUCGCGGCUUUUUCCCCCGCGGGGUGAUCCGCUCGGCGCGGUGGUGCGGCUCCAUCUUGGCUCCGCUCGGGGCGGGGGCUCCGCGGCCGGGACCACCACCACCACCAUGGACGAGGCCUACGACGUGAUCGUGCUGGGCACCGGCCUGACCGAAUGUAUCCUUUCGGGCAUCAUGUCUGUGAAUGGCAAGAAGGUCUUGCACAUGGACCGGAAUCCAUACUACGGGGGCGAGAGCUCAUCCAUAACUCCCUUGGAAGAGCUCUACAAGCGCUUUGAGAUCGCAGAGGGCCCCCCUGAAUCUAUGGGGCGUGGAAGAGACUGGAAUGUUGACCUUAUCCCCAAAUUCCUCAUGGCAAAUGGCCAGCUAGUGAAGAUGCUGCUGUAUACGGAAGUGACGCGCUACCUGGACUUCAAAGUGGUGGAGGGCAGCUUUGUUUACAAGGCAGGGAAGAUCUACAAGGUGCCGUCAACAGAGACAGAAGCCUUGGCAUCCAAUCUCAUGGGCAUGUUUGAGAAGAGGCGCUUCCGCAAGUUCCUGGUGUUUGUGGCAAACUUUGAUGAGAAUGACUCAAAGACGCUGGAGGGUGUGGAUCCUCAUAACACCACCAUGCGCGAGGUCUACCGGCGCUUUGAUCUGGGCCAGGAUGUCAUUGACUUUACAGGACACGCACUGGCACUCUACCGAACCGAUGAUUACUUGGAUCAGCCCUGCUUGGAGACCAUCAAUCGUAUCAAACUGUAUAGUGAAUCCCUGGCCCGCUAUGGGAAGAGCCCCUACCUCUACCCGCUUUACGGCCUGGGUGAACUUCCCCAGGGCUUUGCCAGGCUCAGCGCUAUCUAUGGUGGCACCUAUAUGCUCAACAAGCCAGUGGAUGAGAUUGUCAUGGAAGGCGGAAAGGUCAUCGGGGUCAAGUCAGAGGGAGAGGUGGCACGCUGCCAGCAGCUGAUCUGCGACCCCAGCUAUGUGCCAGACCGGGUUCGCCCAGCGGGGAAGGUUGUGCGUGUCAUCUGCAUCCUGAGCCACCCUAUCCGUGGUACCAGUGACGCCAACUCCUGUCAAAUCAUCAUCCCCCAGAAUCAAGUGGGACGCAAAUCUGACAUCUAUGUCUGCCUCAUCUCAUCCGCCCACAAUGUAGCUGCCCAGGGCAAGUACAUUGCUAUUGCAAGCACUACUGUGGAGACGGACUCACCUGAGAAUGAAGUGCAACCGGCCCUUGAGCUGCUUGAACCUAUCGACCAAAAGUUUGUGGCCAUCAGUGAUAUAUAUGAACCUACUGAUGAUGGAACUGAAAGUCAGAUAUUCUGCUCACGAUCAUACGAUGCCACCACUCACUUCGAGACAACGUGUGAUGACAUCAAAGACAUUUACCGGCGCAUGGCAGGGGCUCCCUUUGACUUCGAGAGCAUGAAACGGCGCCAGAAUGAUGUCUUUGGCGAGGAUGAGCAGUGACCACACUAAUUCCUUCCCUGUUCCUCCCUUCCCCAGGUUUUCCCCAUGCAAGGGACCAUACUCCCGCCAGGGACUGGCUCUAACCCACUCCUCACCUUAGACUGGCUUGUCCUCCAAAUCCUCAUUCCGCUGGGGCAAACUUCUUCUAACUGGAACCAGUUCCCUUAAACCAGUGGUGUCACACUUGUGGCCCUCCAGGUGUUUUGGACGUCAGCUCCCAGAAUUCCUUGCCAUUGGACAAGCUGGCUAGGGCUUCUGGGAGUUGGAGACCCAAACAUCUGGAGGGCCACAAGUUUAACACCCCUGCCUUAAACUAUAAGGCAGAAACACAUUUCUAAGUUAAUCCUUUCUUGCCCUCCCAUAAAACUCCGAAUGGCGUUUUACCUUAAAAAAAACAGACUUCUCCCCCACUGCCCCACGGUUGAGUUUUUGUUCAAACUUGGGGCAGUCUUAAUCUUACUGAUGUCUACCCCUUACAUUCUCUCCAGUGCCUCUUUCAGGCAUUUGGGACCAUGCUGCCUGUUACAUACAAUUGCAUGCAUUUAAGUCCACGCCAAUCUAGGGGGGAAAGCAGUUCAGGACAGGGGUGAUUUGGCACUCAUUAUUCCUGAUGAUCUCUCUGCAAGUGUGCAAGGAUAAACAUGCUUUUGAAAGAAGGAAGAAUUAAGCACAUCACUUUUGCACUUCACAUUGCCCCAUUGCAGACCUAUUCUAACCUCAAAUGAGAGUAACCAUUGGAGAUUAAAUGCACAGUAUUGCAUGUAACAUGCAGUCUGGCCUUGAGUCCUGCUGCUAACUUCAAAUUCACAUCAUCUUCUCUCUUCCUAUUCCUGUCCCUCAUGCAUUUUGGUGGUCUGCAUUCUUUCUGCCAGUUGUGCCCCAUCAUUAUUCCUUCGUGCCUCACAGCCCCCUUCCCAACUUUUACUUGUCCCAAUUUUGAUCAUGUUUCACUUGUGACAGGUCUCCUUCUGAUGUAUACAUACCCUUUCUUUCCCCGGUUUAUUCUCAUCAUGGUUUGAACAUCCAUCCCUGUACACCAGUGAUUCUCAACCUGUGGGUCCCCAGGUGUUUUGGCCUACAACUCCCAGAAAUCCCAGCCAGUUUACCGGCUGUUAGGAUUUCUGGGAGUUGAAGGCCAAAACAUCUGGGGACCCACAGGUUGAGAACCACUGCUGUACACCAAGAGGAGACUGGAAUAACUACCACUACAAUAUGAGGAUGUGGAGGCAUGAAAAGCCACUCUGAACCAUCUCUUCCACACAUGCUGCCCCUCUAGCCAGUCCUGUGCCCCCAUCUUGCCACUUCAGGUUCCCACAGGCCUCUGUUUGUCUUGCGUCUAUUUUGUCCCCUCAGUCCCUCUUAGUUCCUUUAGCCUAAAAUGUGGGAAAUUGUGUGUGUGUGUAUGUCUCUUCUCUCUCUCUCUUUCUCGUGUGCUGGACAUAGGGACAGGGCGGUGGUUCUGUCCCACUUCCACUUGCUGCCACCUGCUGUAACUUAUUGUAACUUAUUAACGAAGCAGGUCAAACCUUUAUUGACACUCCUGAGAAUUAAUGAUGUUUGGGUGUGAAGUCUGGGCCAUGGCAUCAGCAAAGAGGCCUGGGGCCUGCUUUGUGUCAGAGGCUUCCUUCAUGCCAAAGCUGGCUUAUGGUUAACAAUCUGUCUGUAACUCUAGGGGGAUAUGAGGGGCCACCUCCCUCCACCCCACAGCUGCUCAGUUGUCUCAAGAUAAUAAAUUCACUUAGUCUA